AUGGCUUCGUGGACACUUCAAAGUCUCCUUCUCUGGGAAGUGUUACUCCCAGCUGUCUGGGCCCAGGUGCAGGGACUUGUGGGGGGCUCUGCGUUGCUGGAGGCAGACGUGCCCCCUGGUUUCCGAGUCCGUGAUGCUAUCUGGAGGUCCCUAUGGCCCUCAGAGAAGCUUGUGGCCACAUUCUUCCGUGGAGCACCGGAGAUCCUGUAUGACUCACGAUUCCUGGGCAGGGCCCAGCUGCAUGGCAACCUCAGCCUGGAGAUCCAACCUCUGGAACAAGGGGAUAGUGGCAACUUCUCACUGCUGCUGGUGGACACCAGGGGCCGGAUUGAAAGCCACAGCAUACAGCUCACAGUGUAUGAAGCUGUUUCCAGACCCACAGUGCAAGUUUUCAUUGCUGUAGCAGGUGGUACCCAGCCACCCAAGAUCUGCCAAGUCUUCCUAUCCUGUGUAGUUCCCAAUAGCAGCGAAGUGACUUACAGCUGGCAGCGAGAGGGUGCAGCUGAGCAUGGGGACCCCCAACAGGGCCUCUUCAUAGAUAGUCAGGUGCUGAGGAUUUCCCUGGGGCCAGGAGAUGAGGAUACUGUCUACUCCUGCACUGUGUCCAACCCUGUCAGCUGGGACUCUGUGGCUGUCACCCCCUGGGAAAGUUGCUCCCAGAAAACUGGGCCAGGCGAUAAAUCCUACAAAGACAUUCUGCUAGUGGCAGUGCCCAUCUCCCUGCUCUUGCUGCUGGCUGGGGUCCUCUCUGUAUGGCACUGUGCCCUCUGCUCAGGAAAAAAGAGAAGAAACAACUCUCCUGACAGAGUGACCAUAGAGACAGAGACACCACUGGUGUAGUUCAACUGCCAAGAAUACUUGUGACACCAUCGAGCCAGGGCUUCUGGGAUCAUCCUUGGAGUACUCGCUUAGCCUGUGGUGCCCUGGGGAAUGGCUCGGCACUUAUAAACCACCCCCAGUACCUUUACCUCUCUCAAGAAUCUCUUUCAGCUCCUGGGAUACUGGUGCUGGGCAACUCUUCCUAAAGCUUAUGGAUUCCUUUAUAGCACAGGCCAAUGGAGCAGGUUCUCAAGGGAGGAAGAUGUUGGACCAUCCUUCCAAGUGGCACAGCACCAUCAAUGUCUUCCUCCCUAUUGCUGUGAGGAGGAAGUUGAGGCAGAAGAAGCAGAAAGUUUUGUAGAACUAGUCCCAGAAAGUGGGGCAUAGGAACUAACGACCCUAUAGAUACCUAAUGCCUAGAACAUUACCUCCAUGGACACUACCAAAACUGACACCAGCCAUCCGAGGCAUUGCUACAGUGCUUGGCACACUUAAUAAGUGCUUAAUAAGUGGGUGCUGAUUGAUUGAUGUACAGAGGGUUCCAAGGCCCUGGAAAACAUUAGACAGGAUCUCCAAAACAAAGGCUGUGGAGCCAAUAGACAUUUAAAUAAAAAGAGAAACUGUGGUUCCCCUUUUCUUGCCUUGUGUCU